AGGCCUCCUUCCCCAGCCCCACCCAGAAUGAAGAGAUGGACCAAGUGGAUAGAGGCUGGGCCUCCAGCUUCUCCACUGAGUCCCUGACUGUCUCUGAAGCUUCCUGCAGGGUCCAAAGCUGCCCACCGGACAGGUGCCCAGGUCUGCAGCCGUGCCUGACGCCAACGCCCCCAGUGCCCAGCCCCGGCCCCGGCCCCGUGGAGAAGAAGAGCCAGGUGUCCCUCAAUUGGCAGCCACUGACUCUGCAGGAGGCCCGCGCUCUGCUGAGGCAAAGGCGGCCCCGAGGGCCGUGGGCCCGGGCAUUGCUGCGAAGAAGGCCCCCACAUCGCGCCCCUGCCGGCCAGGCCCGGGUCCUGUGUCCCUUGAUCUGCCACAACGGCGGCGUGUGUGUGAAGCCUGACCGCUGCCUUUGCCCGCCGGACUUCGCCGGCAAGUUCUGCCAACUGCGUUCCGCAGGGGCCCGGCCCCCGGCCCCAGCCGUGCCGGGCCUCACUCGCUCCGUGUACACCAUGCCACUAGCCAACCACCGCGAUGACGAGCACGGCGUGGCCUCGAUGGUGAGCGUGCACGUGGAGCACCCCCAGGAGGCGUCGGUGGUGGUGCACCAGGUGGAGCGCGUGCCGGGGCCCUGGGAGGAGCCGGACCCCGAGGCCCUGGCCCGGGCCGAGGCGGCGGCGCGCGCCGAGGCGGCGGCGCCCUACACCGUGCUGGCCCAGAGCGCGCCGCGCGAGGACGGCUACUCGGACGCCUCCGGCUUCGGUUACUGCUUCAGGGAGCUGCGCGGAGGCGAGUGCGCGUCGCCGCUGCCCGGGCUCCGGACGCAGGAAGUGUGCUGCCGAGGGGAGGGCCUGGCCUGGGGUGUCCGCGACUGCCAGCCGUGCGCCGAGCCCCCGGGGAACUCCAACCGAGCGAGUGGGCCCAGCGGGCCCUGCCCAGCCGGCUUCGAGAGAGUUAAUGGGUCCUGCGUGGAUGUGGACGAGUGCGCCACAGGUGGGCGUUGCCAGCACGGGGAGUGUGCCAACACUCGUGGCGGCUACACGUGCGUGUGUCCGGACGGCUUCCUGCUGGACUCGUCCCGCAGCAGCUGCAUCUCCCAGCACGUGAUCUCGGAGGCAAAGGGGCCCUGCUACCGCGUGCUCCAUGACGGCGGGUGCUCGCUGCCCAUUCUUCGAAAUAUCACCAAACAGAUCUGCUGCUGCAGCCGAGUGGGCAAGGCGUGGGGUCGAGGCUGCCAGCUCUGUCCGCCUUACGGUUCAGAGGGUUUUCGGGAGAUCUGUCCAGCUGGGCCCGGUUACCACUAUUCAGCCUCUGACCUCCGCUACAACACCAGGCCCCUGAACCAGGAUUCGCCUCGAAUGCCUUUCAGUCAGCCUCGCGCCCCGCCAGCCACCUCCCGGCCACCCACAGGCUCUCUGCCCACUCGUCGCCCUGAGCCCCGGCCCCAGCCCCGGCCUGAGCCCCAGCCCCGGCCUGAGCCCCAGCCUCGGCCUGAAUAUCCCUUGCCCAGCAUCCCUCCGUGGACCGGUCCCGAGGUUCCUGAAUCAGGUCCGUCUCCCGGCGUGUGCCAGCGGAAUCCCCAGGUGUGCGGUCCUGGACGCUGCGUUCCUCGGCCAAGCGGCUACACCUGUGCGUGCGACCCAGGAUUCCGGCUCGGCCCCCAGGGCGCUCGCUGCGUCGACCUGGACGAGUGUCGCCGCGUCCCUACGCCCUGUGCUCCCGGGCGGUGCGAGAACACGCCAGGCAGCUUUCGCUGCGUGUGCGGCACGGGCUUCCGAGCAGGCCCGAGGGCGGCGGAGUGCCUGGAUGUGGACGAGUGCCGCCGCGUGCCGCCGCCGUGUGACCGCGGGCGCUGCGAGAACACGCCAGGCAGUUUCCUAUGUGUGUGUCCCGCCGGGUACCAGGCAGCGCCGCACGGAGCCGGCUGCCAGGAUGUGGACGAAUGCAUCCAGAGCCCAGGCCUGUGCGGCCGCGGAGCCUGCGAAAACCUGCCGGGCUCUUUCCGCUGUGUGUGCCCGCCUGGCUUCCGCGGCUCGGCGUGUGAAGAAGACGUGGACGAAUGUGCCCAGCAGCCUCCGCCCUGCGGGCCAGGCCGCUGCGACAACACGGCCGGCUCAUUCCACUGCGCCUGCCCAGCUGGCUUCCGCUCCCGAGGACCAGGGGCCCCCUGCCAAGACGUGGAUGAGUGUGCCCGGAGCCCGGAGCCCUGCACCUAUGGCCGUUGUGAGAACACCGAAGGCAGCUUCAAGUGUGUCUGCCCUACCGGCUUCCAACCCAACGCUGCUGGCUCCGAGUGCGAGGACGUGGACGAGUGUGAGAACCACCUGGCGUGUCCUGGCCAGGAGUGUGUGAACUCGCCUGGCUCCUUCCAGUGCCGGGCCUGCCCUGCUGGCCACCACCUGCACCGUGGCAGAUGCACAGAUGUGGACGAAUGCAGCUCAGGCACUCCUUGUGGUCUCCACGGCCAGUGCACGAACACCGAAGGCUCCUUUCACUGCAGCUGCGUGCCAGGAUACCGGGCACCAUCUGGUCUGCCCGGGCCUUGUGCAGACAUAAAUGAGUGUCUGGAAGGCGACUUCUGCUUCCCCCACGGAGAGUGCCUCAACACGGACGGUUCCUUUGCCUGUACUUGUGCCCCUGGCUACCGGCCGGGACCUCGAGGAGCGUCUUGUCUGGAUGUAGAUGAGUGCAGCGAGGAGGACCUCUGCCAGAGCGGCAUCUGUACCAACACUGACGGCUCUUUCGAGUGCAUCUGCCCUCCUGGACACCGGGCCGGUCCAGAUCUUGCCUCCUGCCUCGACAUCGAUGAGUGUCGUGAACGGGGACCUGCCCUGUGCGGGUCUCAGCGCUGUGAAAAUUCUCCGGGCUCCUACCGCUGUGUGCAGGACUGCGAUCCUGGUUACCACCCUGGUCCUGAGGGCACCUGUGACGAUGUGGACGAGUGUCGAGAGUACGGCUCGGCGAUUUGCGGCGCCCAGCGCUGUGAGAACACACCUGGCUCCUACCGCUGCACGCCAGCCUGCGACCCUGGCUACCAGCCCACGCCCGGGGGCGGGUGCCAAGACGUGGACGAGUGCCGGAACCGGUCCUUCUGCGGCGCCCACGCCAUGUGCCAGAACCUGCCCGGCUCCUUCCAGUGCGUCUGUGACCAAGGCUAUGAGGGCGCCCGGGACGGGCGUCACUGCGUGGAUGUGAACGAGUGUGAGACGCUGCAGGGCGUGUGUGGCUCCGCACUGUGUGAAAAUGUUGAAGGCUCCUUCCUGUGUGUCUGCCCCACCAGCCCCGAGGAGUUCGACCCCAUGACUGGACGCUGUGUGCCCCCACGGACUUCUGCCGGCACGUUUCCAGGCUCACAGCCCCACGCACCUGCCAGCCCCAGUCUUCCAGCCAGGCCUCCACCCCCACCCCCACCCCGAAGACCCAGCCCUCCCAGGCAGGGUCCUGUGAGCAGUGGGCGGCGAGAGUGCUACUUUGACACGGCGGCUCCAGACGCCUGUGACAACAUCUUGGCCCGGAACGUGACGUGGCAGGAAUGCUGCUGUACUGUGGGCGAGGGCUGGGGCAGCGGCUGCCGUAUCCAGCAGUGCCCGGGCACUGAGACAGCUGAGUACCAGUCACUGUGUCCUCACGGCCGCGGCUACCUGGUGCCCAGUGACCUGAGUGCACGGAGAGAUGUGGAUGAAUGCCAGCUCUUCCAGGGCCAGGUGUGCAAGAGCGGAGUGUGCGUGAACACCGCCCCAGGCUACUCUUGCUACUGUAGCAACGGGUUCUACUACCACGCGCAAAGGCUGGAAUGCAUUGAUAAUGACGAAUGCGCCGACGAGGAGCCGGCGUGUGAAGGGGGCCGCUGCGUCAACACGGUGGGCUCCUACCACUGUACCUGCGAGCCCCCGCUGGUGCUGGACGGCUCCAGGCGACGCUGCGUGUCCAACGAGAGCCAGAGCCUCGAUGACAACCUGGGAGUGUGCUGGCAGGAAGUGGGCCCUGACCUGGUCUGCAGCCGCCCACGGCUAGACAGGCAGGCCACCUACACAGAGUGCUGCUGCCUCUACGGCGAAGCCUGGGGCAUGGACUGCGCGCUCUGCCCUGCCCAGGACUCAGAUGACUUUGAAGCUCUCUGCAAUGUGCUGCGGCCCCCAGCCUACGGCCCGCCGCGCCCAGGAGGCUUUGGACUGCCCUAUGAAUAUGGCCCAGAUAUAGGCCCACCUUACCAGGGUCUCCGGUACGGACCGGAUCUGUAUCCGCCGCCUGUGCUCCCCUACGACCCCUACCCACCCCCUCCUGGACCCUUUGCCCGCCGGGAGGCCCCUUAUGGCGCACCACCCUUCGACAUGCCGGACUUUGAGGAUGACGGCGGCCCCUACGCCGAGUCUGAGGCUCCCGCUCCACCUAGCCGAGGCACUGGCUGGUCUUACCGGUCCAGAGACACCCGAGGCUCCUUCCCAGAGCCUGAGGAGUCCUCCGAGCGUGGAGGCUAUACAGGAGCCUUGUCUGAGCCCUAUGAGGGCCUGGAGGCCGAGGAGUGCGGGGUCCUGGACGGCUGCGCCCACGGCCGCUGUGUGCGCGUCCCCGAAGGCUUCACCUGUGACUGCUUCGAUGGCUACCGCCUGGACAUCGCCCGCAUGUCCUGCGUGGACAUCAACGAGUGUGACGAGGCUGAGGGAACCUCCCCACCGUGCAUCAAUUCGCGCUGUGUCAACACUGACGGUUCGUUCCGCUGUAUCUGCCGUCCCGGAUUUGCACCCACACACCAGCCACACCACUGUGCGCCUGCGCGACCCCGGGCCUGAGCGCCUGCGCCUAGCCUCCGAUUCCACCCGCACAGCACUACCCUGCGCACCGGGAGCUUCCAGAGCGUGCCUGCCUCCCUCUAGCCUGCUCCUGAGCAAGGAGGUCAGACAGCCUGGACGUAGGAUGGAUGGACACAAGGGGUGCCUUUCACUGCUCCUCCUCCCCUGCCUGGGGCCUGGCCUGGUCCGGUCCUGGGUCCCCUGACACACUUUUUGCCCUUUUAUAAAGAUUUCAAUUAAAACACCUAUUUUGUA